AUGUCGCAUAACAAAAGCAUCAGUCGCCCAGUGGAAAUUGGCCUAAGGUUAACUGGAAUUUGGCCAGGUUCAUCUUACGAAAUUAUCGUCCGAGUAACUUGGAUAAUUCUUAUGACAGUUGUACAAAUAUUCCAAUAUCGAUAUAUAAUAAAGCAUCUCGAUGGUAGUAAUCUGGCGAACUUAAUAGACAGCGUCGGCACUACUUUACCUUACAGUCUGUUGUAUGUCAAAUUAAUUAUUUUCUGGACUAAACGUGGAAUAUUCGAAAAUAUGUUAGUGGGAAUGUCUAACGAUUGGAGUAAUUCUUCAUCAACGAAAUUUGACAUAAACGCCAUGAUAAGUAAAGCUGAACUUGCGUAUCGUUAUUCGAAGGUAAUUAUGAGCACAUAUGCUAUUGCCGUUUUCGCUUAUACCAGCGUGUUUUUCGAGUUUAUGCGUCACGACAACGACGGCGAAUAUGAUUUAAAGUCUCGAGAACUUUUGAUGAAAAUGGACCUCCCGUUUGCGUAUUACAAAACACCGACGUAUCAAUGGGUAUUUGUUGUACAAUUUCUUCAGCUGUUGAUAAAUGCAUCUGCUAUUGGUAUGUUAGAUGCUUUGAUAAUUACGUUGAUAUUUCAUAUUGGAGGACAGAUAGAAAUGUUGCAGAAAGCUCUGACAAAUAUUUCUAUUAAAGAUGAGAAACACAGAUUAUCGAGAAACACCACCAAAUCAUUAAUUCACAGACAUCAUCGAAUCAUUAUUAAUUCGGACUCUAUCGAGAGUCUUUUUUCAUACAUUGCUUUGAUGCAGUGGUUAUGUAACACGCUCGUUAUAUGUUGCAUAGGAUUCUUAAUAGUAAUUGCAUUUAAUACAGAUGGAAAUAUAAAAACAUUUAUAAAAACAUUACUCUUUUACAUCGCUAUCACUAUGGAAGCAUUCAUCUUCUCCUUUGCCGGAGAAUAUCUCAGUAACAAAAGUCUAUCAAUUAGCAAUGCAGCAUAUAGCUCACCUUGGUACCUUCUGGAUCCUCAAGACAGACAUAUCAUUAUUCUUCUCAUGAUAAGAUCUCAAAGACGAUUAACAAUCACCGCUGGAAAAUUUAUGGACUUGUCUUUAGAAGGUUUUGCAAAUAUCUUAAAGGCUUCUGCAUCGUACAUAUCUGUACUGUAUGCGAUGUACUAA